AGACAACCUCCAUCUCCUCCCAACUUGCACAUCAUCACAACAGCCAAAGCGACAAUAGGCGUACGGUCCCAAGACCAUCAAGACCAUUUCACAAUUAAAUCGAUUUCUUUCACAAGGCAAUGACCGCUUGCUGAUGGAUGGCAACGGCGUCUGGCAAUGAGCGGGACCGCCAUGUCUCUUGGAUCUCCGACCUUUCUGACACCCUAUCAUCAGUCGCAUAGAGGCUCACCUCGUGACAAGUCUCCAAAGUCGAGUCCUCAGGAAGGGCCCGAGACUCCGGCAGAUGAUGUUCAGCAGAAAGCCAGUCCUGUGUCGGCUGGAUCCCGCCCUGCCCGACCAGGACAAAGCAGGAAGCGACUGGUUUUUUCAGAUCCCGUCGCAUUCCGUUACUUGGAAGAGGACCCUGCGACCGACGCUAUCGAGCGGUGGCGACGACUUGAGGGAUACCAACUGUACAUAGUAGAGCAAUGGGCUUGCUCAAGGUCUCAUCCUACGUUUGUCAUCUGCACUUAUACUGGCGACCCAUCCCACUCUAUUCUGGUCAACGUCCUGGCAGUUCCGAGCGAUGAAAGCAAUUGGUCUCAAAGGUUGCGGGUGUACUUCUCGGCUGUCUCUCAAUUUCAUGCCAAGGAAAAAGACACACCCUUGGGUACUCUUAUGGUCACCAACCUGAGCGGGUUUCCGUCCGCCUUGACGGUGAUCCCUAUUCCAGAUGGUGAUGUCAGGAAACACAGGGAGGACUUCAUCGUAAAUGAGAACCUGAAACGAAUGGGCUGUUCUGGAAGAGCUGCUAUCAACCUUCAGCCUCCCCAGUCGAGCACAGUCGCAAAGUUCCACCACCUGUACCGGACGAGCGAAGCCGUGCCACUGUAUCAGUCUGUCAUGGAGUUGGUACGCGUAUGUCAGACUGCGUUGGUCAUGUAUGACAAGCUCCAGCCAUUGUAUGCUGACGGAUUGCUCUGCGACAUUACAGAGCAGGCUGUCACUGAUUGGUGGACGGACAUUGGUACUUACUUCUACAACAUAGAACCGAAUGAUGGCAUUCUUGGUCCGACCACUGUCGCAGCUCUCCUCGGCCUUCUUCUUGGAGCCUACAACCGUCUCAAAGCCUUUGGCGCAACUGUGGGCAAAGACGUCUUGGACAUUUAUUCGAUGAAAAGGGCCAUUGGCCACUUCCAGAAAGGCCAGAAGAUGGAGAAGACACGCCGCCUGGACCGUGAGACUAUUGACCGUCUUCAUCGGGCUACAGCUAAAAAUGCCGCGGGCGAGGGUUGGACUGUUCCUAAAUCGGUCAAAUCUACUGUUGCAGAACUCAGCGGCAAGGGUGGCGAGAUGGUCAUGGGAAUUGUCGGAGCACGCGACAAAGCUGGUAUCUCUGAAGCCGAAACGCUUGACAUCGAACGGUUCGCUCAGCUUGUAGCUGGCCCACGGUUGAAGUGGUUAUGGCAGGGCAAGCCCGUAAAGUCUGGGGACAUGUUUGCAGCACCAGCUGAUCAGGCCAACGACAGAGUCUUCAGGACCGACGACCAAGGCAACUUCCUGUGGACCACUGGCAAACCCGACUUGGCCUCUGACGGAGGCCUUCUUGAGCGUACUGAUACUAUGAUGACGAACCAGACUCAAGAGAGCAGAUCAAAUCGCAGCAGAAUCCGGGACGCCGUAGGAGGAUUGAAAACGCACAGCUCACGCUACUCGAGGGACCUCGAUGAAGUUCAAGAAUGGCCUGAAAGUCCGUUUCCCAAGUCAUCUAAAGCCCAGACUCUCCGCGACUAUAAUUUGCGGCCCACAACUAGACGCACUGGUCCUCCAGCACUCAAUAUGGCCUUGCGAGAGGCGGAGACAACCUCACCUAAGAAAACACGAGGGCAGCCUCCGCGGAGGAUAGAAACGACAUCAGAGAAUAAGGUCCCUUCUCACCGUGAGGCUUUGAGACCAGCUUUACCAGGAGACUCUCCAAGAAGCAGGAAAAUCAACGCCGAACUGGCUGAGCUGCGCAACGAGUUCAAAGCAGACAUCUACAGGAACUUCUCCACCGAGUCACCUUACCAAGGACUACACAGCCGGGUCUUACGUCGAUCAGCUAGUGCGGUUCAUCUGACCGGCAGAUUGGAGAUCGAUAGUCCCCGGCAGCAACGCCUCAAUCGGCGACUAUCCUUCAGCCUUGUGGAGGUCCCCGUACUCAAAACCUGGGAGAGUGUUGCUGAGGAAGGGAUUGUGAGGGGUCGAAUCGAAGGCGAUCUCACCAAUGCACUUGCCGAACGUGACGCUUUGGUCGCUGUUGCACAAAAGAAAGCAAGACGGAUACACGCUGUUCAACAGGCUCUUGUUCCAUUCACCGAAACCAGAGUUGGUCAUGUCGAGAACCUAGACCAUGCCGCGCAUGAAAACUUGGAGCAUCUCAACGAAUUGUACUAUCAUCGGCUGGACGAGUACCAGACGUACCAAGCGACAUCGUCCGACCUUGUCUCGCAUGAGAAGAGCGCACUCACUGAGAGUCUCCGCCGGACUGAGAUGUUAGCUGCCAAGAUGGAUUAUGAGAUGGAAUCUUUGCAAUCCAGGUUGCAAGAGGUCGAGGACGGAGUUGGCGAUUUCGAGAAAAACGUGGUUGCAAUCGAGGCCAGAGUGAAGGAACUUAUUGGAGGCGAGAAGAAAGAUUCGGUCCCCUGGAUUCAGAGACUCUUUAAUUUCAUGGGCUCACACAAGGCAGUACAGUCUAAUUGAGGUGUGCCGAGCCUGUUCCCAGAACAAGUGGCACCGAUUGACAGAGAGCACGUCGACCAUACAAGUUCGAUGUCCCGUCAGGUUCACGACAGCCAGGACCACGAUAGAGCUGUCGCCUUCACUCCGUCAAGG